UAUAUAGAUGAUAUACCAAAGCAGUAAUAGCAACAUUUCAACAAGGCCAAGAGGGGAGUGAAGAAAUGAGAUUAAUGAAGGGUAAGUCCAGAAUUUUCUUUCUGCUCUUUCUGCUAGCAUCGAUAGCAAAACAAGCCUCUGCAGCUCAACAUGUGGUUGGAGGUAGCCAAGGUUGGGAUGAAUAUGUGGACCUUAACUCGUGGGCUUCAGACCAAACAUUCAAGGUUGGAGACCAACUUGUUUUCAAGUACUCUUCAGGGCUACACAGUAUAGUUGAGCUUGGAAGCGAGACUGCCUACAAGAACUGCGACCUGGGAACAGCAUUGGACUCCAAAAACACUGGCAAUGACGUUGUGAAACUGAACAAGGUUGGCACUCGUUACUUUGCUUGCGGAACAUUAGGCCAUUGUGACCAGGGCAUGAAGAUGAAGAUUACAACAGUAGCCGGGAAUGCACCUUCUACUCCGGCUUCAGCUUCAACUUCUGCAGCUUCUACUUUUCAAGCUUUUGCCAGCUUUCGUCUGCCAACUGCAUUAUUAAGCACUUGUCUGCUUUAUUACCUGUUUUGAAGAAUUGAAGCUUGGGCAAAUUUUACCAGCCUGGAGAAAUCAUUUUGUUUGGAGAUUUGGGACUUUAAAUUAUACUUAAUCAUUAUUGAAUAUGAUCUGUAUAAUUAUCAUUUAUCAUUGUUAUUGUGAUAAUUGAGAGGAUUGAAUAAUUGUGACUUUUGAAAAUACAAAAAUAAAAAAGGAGUAAUGUUAACCUCAAAUUCU